AUGUCAACUGAGCAGCGCCCAACUGGCGAUGCCCUCAUUACUUCCGAGGACCCAAACCACCCUGCAAACCUGAUCCCUUCGCUAUGCGCAAAGUUCUGGACCCUGGGCUGGGUUACGGGAACAGGAGGCGGUUGCUCUAUUCGAGAUGAUGAUCUCGUAUACAUCGCACCCUCAGGCGUUCAAAAAGAACUCAUGAAGAACACCGAUAUCUAUGUCAUGGCUCUUUCUGAGCAAGAUCCUAACCACAACAAGCUCAACCAGCGCACUUAUCUGCGAUCUCCUCCCUGCUACAAGCCUUCUCAGUGCACUCCCUUGUUCCUUGCUGCUUUCACCCGCCGAGGAGCUGGCUGUUGUAUACACACUCACUCUCAAUGGGCUGUUCUUGUCACCCUCCUGUUAGAAUCCCAAGGCCCCGGAAAGGACCGGGUUUUCGAGAUCAACAACAUUGAGCAGAUCAAGGGCUUUGGCCGUGGCAUGAACAAGACAGGCAACCUGGGCUAUCAUGACACCCUUCGCAUCCCUGUCAUCGAGAACACUCCUCAUGAGGAGGACUUGACCGAGUAUCUAGAAGAAGCGAUGGAUAAGUAUCCCGACACAUACGCUGUUCUCGUCCGUCGUCACGGUGUCUACGUCUGGGGUGAUAACGUUCAUAAGGCCAAGACUCAAUGUGAGAGUCUCGAUUACCUGUUCCAGCUUGCCGUUGAGAUGAAGAAGCUCGGCCUUCCUUGGAUCAGCGAAGUCGAGCAGAUUGCUCCCCAGCGAACAUAA